GGACGCGUACGUGAUGACGCAAAUACGUACACGCGCGUCUUGCCUUAAAAGGAAGCGCCGCCCUCACAUCGCUCUCUUUCAAUCGGUCCAGGGACAAAAUGUCUCACCGUAAAUUUUCGGCCCCUCGCCACGGAUCUCUGGGCUUCCUGCCCCGCAAGAGGUGCCGUCGCCAUCGUGGCAAGGUAAAGAGUUUUCCCAAAGAUGACUCCAGCAAACCUGUUCACCUGACUGCUUUCCUUGGCUACAAGGCUGGCAUGACCCACAUCGUCCGUGAGGUCGACAGACCUGGCUCAAAGGUCAACAAAAAGGAGGUGGUUGAGGCUGUAACUGUUGUGGAGACUCCUCCCAUGAUUGUUGUGGGUGUUGUUGGAUACGUCAUGACUCCUCGUGGUCUGCGCUCCUUCAAGACCGUCUUUGCCGAGCAUAUGAGCGAUGAGUGCAAACGUCGCUUCUACAAGAACUGGUACAAGUCUAAGAAGAAGGCUUUUACCAAGUACUGCAAGAGGUGGCAAGAUGAAGAGGGCAAGAAGCAGCUGGAGAAAGACUUUGCUUCCAUGAAGAAAUACUGCCAGGUCAUUCGUAUCAUUGCCCACACACAGAUGCGCCUUCUGCCCCACAGACAAAAGAAAUCUCAUCUGAUGGAGGUUCAGUUGAACGGAGGCUCCAUUGCUGACAAGGUUGACUGGGCAAGAGAGAAGCUUGAGCAGGCUGUUCCCAUCUCCAAUGUCUUUUCUCAGGAUGAGAUGAUUGAUGUUAUUGGAGUGACCAAGGGUCAUGGAUACAAGGGUGUGACAAGCCGUUGGCACACCAAGAAGCUGCCCCGCAAGACCCAUCGUGGUCUGCGUAAGGUGGCCUGUAUCGGUGCCUGGCAUCCUGCCCGUGUGGCCUUCUCUGUUGCUCGUGCUGGUCAGAAGGGCUACCAUCACCGCACUGAACUCAACAAGAAGAUCUACAAGAUUGGUGUGGGCUUCCAUACAAAGGAUGGCAAAGUGGUGAAGAACAACGCCUCUACUGAUUACGAUCUGUCCAACAAGAGCAUCAACCCCCUGGGUGGCUUUGUGCACUAUGGUGAGGUGAACAAUGACUUCCUCAUGCUGAAAGGCUGUGUGGUUGGAACCAAGAAGAGGGUUUUGACUCUGCGCAAAUCUCUCCUGGUCCAGACCAGCCGUCGUGCCCUGGAGAAGAUCGACCUCAAAUUCAUCGACACCACCUCCAAAUUUGGUCAUGGUCGGUUCCAGACCAUUGAGGAGAAGAAAGCUUUCAUGGGACCCCUCAAGAAAGAUCGCAUCGCCAAGGAGGAAAUUGCAUAAGUGUGCUAUGCCCCUUGUCUGUGGUUAUGCUGUACUACAGUUGUUUAAUAAAAAUGAUAAACAAUCUGUUGUCUUAAUUUCUCCACAGAUAUUUAAGAAAUUGACCAUCUUAAUGGUACCUGCAUUUUGGUGAUUGUUGGGCCACUUUUACUGUGCGUUACUUGACAAAGUUUGUUUUAGGUAGUUUCUUAAACUACUUGGGCCAAAUUUCAGACAAUGCUUAAAUUCAGUCCCAGACUAAAAUGAAUGUUUGAGCUGUCUUAACUGUAAACAACUUGCCCUGACUUGUCAUAAAAUUUGUCAAUGUCAUUUUGUCAUUGACAAAUGUUUUGCAUGUUUAUGACAGUGACUUAAAUAUUCUAAUUAAAGUAUAGUCCCUGGCUUUAUCUAAAA